UGCCUUGUCACUGCGGCGCGGGCACUGCUGUUCGUCUCAGCAAUGGCGGAGGGGGAGUUGGAUGUCGACUCGUUGAUUUCCAGGCUUUUAGAGGUGCGAGGAUGUCGACCAGGGAAGAUCGUCCAGAUGACGGAAGCGGAGGUGCGUGGCCUCUGCAUCAAGUCUCGGGAAAUCUUCCUCAGUCAGCCGAUCCUCUUGGAGCUGGAGGCUCCACUCAAAAUCUGCGGUGACAUCCAUGGACAGUACACAGAUCUGCUGAGACUCUUUGAGUACGGCGGCUUCCCUCCUGAGGCUAACUACCUGUUCCUGGGGGACUACGUGGACAGAGGGAAGCAGUCUUUGGAGACCAUCUGCCUUCUGCUAGCCUACAAGAUCAAAUACCCCGAGAACUUCUUCCUGCUCCGAGGCAACCACGAGUGCGCCUCCAUUAACCGCAUCUAUGGCUUCUAUGACGAGUGUAAACGCAGAUUCAACAUCAAACUGUGGAAGACUUUCACCGACUGCUUCAACUGCCUGCCCAUCGCUGCCAUCGUCGACGAGAAGAUCUUCUGCUGCCACGGAGGUCUCUCUCCUGACCUGCAGUCUAUGGAGCAGAUCAGACGGAUCAUGAGACCCACAGACGUACCUGACACAGGUCUCCUGUGUGACCUGCUGUGGUCCGACCCAGACAAAGACGUGCAGGGCUGGGGAGAGAACGACCGCGGCGUCUCCUUCACCUUCGGAGCAGACGUGGUCAGCAAGUUCCUCAACCGCCACGAUCUGGACCUCAUCUGUAGGGCCCACCAGGUGGUAGAAGACGGUUACGAGUUCUUCGCCAAGCGGCAGCUGGUGACGCUCUUCUCUGCUCCCAACUACUGCGGAGAGUUUGACAACGCCGGCGGCAUGAUGAGUGUGGACGAAACCCUCAUGUGCUCCUUCCAGAUCCUGAAGCCGUCUGAGAAGAAGGCCAAGUACCAGUACGGAGGCAUGAACGCCGGCCGACCCGUCACUCCGCCCCGCACAGCCCAACCCCCAAAGAAACGAUGAAGACGGACGCAAAGAGACCGCGAUGAAAGGAUUGACUUCUUUUUGGCUUUUCACCACAUCUGUAAAGACAACAGCUGGCAGACGAGGAAACAUGAAGCUUUUUAAAAGAGAGAGACGUCCAAAUCAGUCUUUUUCAUUUAAUCUCUGAACUGCUGUUGUUUUUCUUCUUCUCCCCCCACUCCCUCUGCAUCCGUGUAACAUUUUUAAAAGCAAGUGUUUGAAUGAGAAACCAGUGAGUCAUUCUGUAUAGCCUUCUUUUUUUUUCUUCUCGACAGCAGAAUGACGUUUAGUUGACCACGUCCUGCUCCCCCUGCCUCUACACACAUUAAUGACCACUGCUGGGUUUUCAAUAAAUAAUACAGGGAAUAAA